CCAGCAACCCCGUGGGAGCGCGCGUUUAGCUGCAAAGAUGGCGUCCUCCUUGCUGGUGCUGGUGGUUCAACCGUGGUCAGGAGUCCGGGAACUGCUCCGGAAAAGUUGGGGGCGUUUGCAGCGGAAACUUCAGCACAGAGAACCAAGCUUUCCCCGUCCUCCGUGGGGCCCAGCAUUAGCAAUCCAAGGUCCAGCUAUAUUUACAGAACCAGCCAAUGAUACCAGUGGAAGUGAGGUGAUUUCCAGUCUUUCAGAUACUAUCUUUUGGAUGGCAGCUCCCAAAAACAGACGCAGCAUUGAAGUUAACAGGUGUAGGAGAAGAAACCCACAGAAGCUUAUUAGAAUUAAGAAUAAUAUAGAUGUUUGUCCUGAAUGUGGACACCUGAAACAGAAGCAUGUCCUUUGUGGCUACUGCUAUGAAAAGGUAUGCAAGGAGACUGCAGAAAUCAGAAGACAGAUAGGGAAACAAGAAGGGGGGCCUUUUAAGGCUCCUACUGUAGAGACUAUGGUGUUGUACACAGGAGAGACACCAACUGAAGAAGAUCAGCGCAAGAGGAUCAUUGAACGAGACAGGAUGCGACCAUCCUGGUUCACACAGAACUCAUAGCAAAGAUGUAUGAAAGAGCAAUUUCUCAUAAAACAUUUCUUCUGAAAGAAGAAGGUUCUUUUAUGUUCUGUUGCUUGUUUUUAAAUCAUCAUUAUAGUUCAAAGCAGUCUUUACAGCAGCUAGUUUCGUAUGGGUAAUUUUACGACUGUCUCAUUAGUAAGCUCUGUAUUUCUAUAACAAAGUUUUAAGUAAACAACUUCCACUGCAGAAAAAUAAAACAAUUUAAAAUUCA